AUGGUUCAUAUGGACAAAUGUUCGAAAUGCGUUCGAUGGACACUCUUUACCUUUAACUCUUUGGUAUGGGUAAGUAACAAUUUAUCGAUCAGACAUGCUGGAAGUAAAAUUAAUUUAAAGAUGUCACUCGGGGCACAGGAAAAUUAAUGUUUCGCGCAAUUUUUGCAACAUCUGCGCGCGAAGCACAACCUUGCCGAAAACACCGAGUAAGAAACUCGUCAUGCUCGGGAGACAAAGCAUGUAAACUACCUUGGCCUUCGAGAAUCCAAACUGUGCAUCCUUUUGUUGUCAGUUGUAUUUGCGACUUAUUCAGUUCGUUUAAUAGGAACAAAUAGAAGAAACAUCGUAAUACAGACAAUAUUCAAGAUUGUAUACAAAUCCCGUAUUGAAACUUCCAGCUUGCGGAAAGGCGGGAGUCGCGUGAUUUCCACCGACUUCGUAUUGUUACAGACCCAACUCCACGUAACGAUCACGCAUGAUGUUACAACCUUUCCCGUUUUCAUGUUUUAAAGUUAGAUAUUAAACGGGUUUAAGUGUAAGGUCUCUAAGGUAUGGUAAUCAAGUUUAUAAGCUUUGUUCUGACUCGAUUCAAAACAAUCAAUGAGCUCAGUGAAAAUACUUCUGUCAAAAGGUAUCGUUUCUUUACGUCUUCGUAAUUCCGAAUAUUUUCAGAAUUUAUCAAGAAGGAAAAGCAAGGAAGAUUGUAAAUUCUAUGAAACACUGUUUGACGACCGUGAAAGCAUUUUGACAAGUUCCUUCUAGAAAUUAAAUUCAGCUUUUACCAUGGUCAGAUGUUUAAACAAAGGAAGCAAAAAAAUCAAUCUUGCAUGUCAUAGCUUCCAACAAGAGAGAAAUUUCUCUUCCUUCCAAGCUGUACUUGGACACACUGAACAAACUAAACUGGCUAAUGAUUAAAAACAAACCAUGCAGUAAGGGAGUAAUAGUUUCUACUAAAUUUUUGCUAAUGUUUUUUUUGGGUUUGACCGAAUCCUUUGUACUCAAAUUAACAAGACGGCUUCUCUUUUUUCUAAUUAAAACUUUCUAAAUUUCCGCGAAAGUUGUUUUGUUGUUCAUACAGCGCAAUCAAAGCAGAUUCGAAUCACUUCGGGUAAGGUAACAGAUAAAAAAAAUAUCGAUUCCUGAUGGAAAUUGUUCUUGUAUACACCCAAGAUAAUCUUUCAUAGCAAACAUUUUUCUCUUUCGAAAGUACCUGACGGAAAUUCGUCCAAUUAAUAAUUAAUCCAACAGAUGCCUUUGGUCUCCACAUUUUUUUAAACAACAAGGCAGAAAAUAUUGCAGAAAUUUGUACAGGUAAUAGCAUGAUUUGUAGUGAUAUUUGGCAUAAAUACCACGAGUGAUAUUUCAAAAUUGUUAUACGUAAUUUGAGACAAUUUUGAAAUAUCACGAGUGGUAUUUAUGCUAAAUAUCAUGCGCAAAUCCUGCUAUUAUUUGUUACCCGCAAGAGGUUUGUAAUUUUUACAUGUAGGCGUUUCAAAUUAAGCUGAAAUACCACUGCUCUAAGCCAAUCAAAUUGCAGAAAUUUCUCCUGUGGUAGUAUAACAAUUAGGAAUUCCUCCCUCGUCAAUAUUUAAUUAUUGCAGCUUUAUCGCGGACCAUGCAGAGGCGUUUUUCCCCGGUUAUUUCAAAGUCUCUUGCUAAAAAGGAAAGCUAAGAAAUUUAUAACCGUGAAAGAGAAAGCCACCAAGUCCUGGGAAGACACGCCAGUAGCUGUACUUUAGCACAAUACGGAAUUUUACGAUAUUUGAAACAAAAAUAGCGUUAUGCAAUUUAAAAAUCUUGCUUAUCUCUUUUGCACUGCACGUACACCGAUUCAUGUUCUUCUUGCUUCACUUUUUCUCGGCAGCUCGGCGGCUCAGUCAUGCUGGGUCUUGGCAUCUGGGUCACAACACAGAACACCGAAUAUAAACACCUCGGUGGAAAUCUGGUGAGUGCCGCACAGGACACCCAGUAACGAUGAGUGAAAAAAUGUUUGCAACGAUUUCUCAACCAAACUUAACAAUGACCGAAUUGGCGAAAAGACUAGUCUCUGUCAUACUGCAUUAACAAACGUUUUAAGUUUUACGUUGGAUAAGGAAGGGGAGAAUCGGUUUUACUUCUUACACAAGGCUAGUCUAAGGUCUUUUAAUGUUUUACCUAUUGGCUCUAUAACUAGAGAAGAAGAGAACAGAUAGAGAUCGUUCUGCAAUUUACUUGGAUCUAACCAUUGAAGUACGGCUAGAAAUUGACGCUGACAGUGGCGGAUUCAGAAUUUCAAUCAAGAGGGGGACCACUCAUCCAAACCCUAAGAUAAGACAUGGGGCCGGGGACGGCCUCAAAACCAAUGUUUCUCGGCCUUGCAGAGGCCCUGUGGGGCCCAAAAAUAAGGUGGGGGCCUGGGUACGGGACCCUCCCCUAGAUCCACCAAUGGCUCAAGCUGUUUCAUUGUUUUGCAUCCUGUACCAUGUUUUGCUGCUUUACUUUACAGCAAUUUAAGCAACAAAAUAGGCCACUUCUGAGAUCCAAAACCCCUCACUUUCAAAAUGAGGCUAGGUGCACGACCUUUCUUAUGAAAAUGAGUUUUAUUUGCAUGAGAAUGAAAAAUGAUUUCCAUAUCAAAGGCUGAGCACCUACUCCCAUACAUUACCUAUAAGGGUAUGUGCCGCCCAAAGGGGUGAUUUUGAAGCCUGAUUUAGAAUGGGGUAUCCAUUUCAGAGGCGUUUUCUAGAACGGGUAUAAUAUUUCGAAUGGAAAAGCUCCACUUUUGUAAGCAGCCAUUUCAAUGUAUUCAAGGACAGAUUGCUUUUAAAAAUACGGUUCAAGUGUUAACAAGCAAACUGUUUAUUAGAACAGAGUAUAAAAAAUUGGCCCAUUUCUCAGUUUUAGGCUUAAUUCUAGAACGGGGUAUAAAAAAUUGACCCAUUUCUAGAACGGGUAUCAAAGGGAAAAAAAACGGGGUACCAAAGCACAUACCCCCAAAAAGGGACCCAAGUGCCCCCCCUCGGGCUGAAAACGUUUUGAAACAGAGGCCCAGGGGAACUCGGAAAUGACCUAUUAGUGUAAGUUUAUUAAUGUAAGUCUCUAUUCAGCUUAAAAAUGAAAGAAAAAAAGCAAAGACCAAGGGACCAAAACUUGAGGCUUGAGGCUUUGAAUUUGAGCUCCGCUUUUUUCUCAAGGUUGUAUAUUCACUAAAGUCCUAUGUUUAUUCCAUUCAUCCCAAGAUUAUUGCCAUAGAUUAUAUUAAUAAACCUGCUACUUGCUAUUUUCUUCUUGACUGCAAUAUAACAGUAUAACUUAAAGUGUAAGAAGAAAAAUCUCUUUCUGGAGUUAACCGUGUCACCUUUCAUAUCUUUUUAAACUCAUUUUGUUUUCAUCUACACACAGUAUGUUACUAUUGGUUACAUCAUGCUAUCUUCGUUUAUAUUUAUUGUUGGUAAGUAAAGCAAAUAAUUUUUAAAUCCCUUUGUUGCUGUGAAAAAUUAAAAACAGAAACAAACGAAUUAAUUUGUCCGUCAUUAGUUUCCUUUGUCAAGUGUUACAUUCACUCAACAAACAGAAGUUAGUUUUUUAUUACAUUCAGCAUUUUAAAUAAAAGUGACCAAUAAAACCAUAUACAUCUUGUUUCGUCACAAUAUGUCACUUCUGAAGAUAACCAUUCAUAAGACUCCAGAGGCUGUGGUGCAAGUUUGAUGAAAUAAUGUUGUUACGAAGACAUUAUGAUUAUCUUAUUCAAAAGUUGUAUCCUUACUGAUCUUCAGAGUGAAUGUUUUGUAGCAUAACUGACAAGUCGUGAAAUGUUAUUCUCAGGAUUUCUUGGAGCAUGUGGAAUCCUCUUGAUGAAACAAAAUGCACUGAAAGUGGUAAGAUUUAAGUCAAGUUCCAAAACUCAUUAAUAAUUCAUAAAGAACAAACAAAAGAAAUUAAUAAAAAAUGAGUGUCUUUAUAUCUGAUAAAGACACGGCUAAACUUUACGUCCAAUUUUUAGACCAAAAUAACCCCAAAUCUAAGUAUUAGUGCAAGAAUAAGUUGAUAUAUAUCAGAGAUUUUGAAGCCAUUCAAAAAACUCGAAGUUAUGUAUUAUCAGGUUUAAAAACUCUAGGCGUUCACCUCGAGUUUUAAAGCUGAUGAUACAUGGACAACACACCCAGAGUUUCCCUUCCUUUCCUUCAGAAUCAGGUUCUUCUUUUGACCCUUUUUUACCCAUCCACCCCUAGAAGUGGUGGAAGUCAACAAUAGACGAAAAUUCUAACACUGAAAAGCAAAUAGUACCAAGCACAAGAAUUACUUGUGAGGUUUCAUUUGAAUGUUCUAAUUCACACCAUAGGAUUUCAUACACAGAGUGACUUAACAGUUAGGGGGUGUUUACAUGACACUGGGCGACUGUCGCCCCAGAGCGAGUUCACUCCAGUUCCCCUUAUGGCUCUAUAUUUGUUUACAUGAUACCACCACAAAAUGUCAUGCUGGCGCGAGUCACCCAAGCGUGAGUUCACCAAGAACGGGGGCGAGAAUUUCACUCCGGAACGAAAUCUCGCAACGGUAUCAUGUAAACAUGUGAAAUCGGUCUGCCGGUAAUGUUUGCAAUUUUGAAUCUUAUGUGUAUUUUAUCAACAUGAAGUGUACCUUCAAAUAACGAGAUAUGAAAUGACCCAGUCAUAAUGUAAAUGCGAUACAAAAUAAAAAAGUCAUCCCGGUAUGAAACUCGUGCCGGUGCGAGUUUUCUCAUGUAAACACCCCCUUAGAAUCCCCAGGCUGCAUCAUUUUUCCUACAACUGGGAGUGAAAGGGUUUAGGUAGACCCCUCUCUUAGAUGGACACCAAGGGCCAGAUCAAUGUUUCUAUCUUAGACAGAGAGUUGUUUUUGCAACUGUAGCUCAAACAAAGGAAAGAGACAUGCUUCCAUUGCCAUUAGCCAAAGGACCUAGAAAAGGGAAGCGCUUUAAUUAAUGCCAGUGAAAGGCUUAUUUCUCCCACCAGCUUCCAUACAAAUUCAUCCGAUAAUACAUUUUUUACAGAUAUGAUGAAUUGAAGCUUCACGAAAUAAGCAACAGUACUCUAGUGAAAGAUCCCUUUUAAAUCAAUUAGGUAGUGAGGCUGCUGAAUAAAGAAUUGAUUCAAAAUGUGAUUCUAUUGAUAUUUUACUGCUGACUAUGACAUACUGAAAAUAUGAUCCUAAAAUGUUUUUAAAGAAUUUUUUGGAAAGAAAAAAGAGGUGGACAUCGUAAUCGAUCAACUGUUAUAAAAAGCACUUGAAACAACAAUUAAACUAUCAUUUUUUUGUUUUAGUCCAAGUAUAUAGAAACUGAGGACCAUUCAAUGUCUAUUCAUCUGUCUUAAAUGGGUUAUUUAUUAUUUAAUUAUUAUUGUAUGACCAUGCAUUUAAAAAAAAAUGACUAACUUUACAUAUCGUGCCUCCCUCCUUAUAGUAUUUUGCACUGAUGCUGUUGCUUUUAAUGGUGGAACUUGGAGUAGCCGUUUAUCUUUAUUUGGAGAAAGACAAGGUCCUGAUCAGAAUAUAAAUAUUACUCGCUAUAUUGUAGUGUUGUGUCUUUUUUCCUUUUAGUUCUUUCAUCAUUUUUUUUGUCGACAAAGUUUAUGAUAUCUAGGAAUUUUGAUCAGGGGAGGGGAGGGUUAACCUUUAGUUGUGGUGAAGAAGGGCCAUUUCAGGGGGGAGGGGAUAGAUUAUUAUUAACCUAAGGUACCCCACCCAUCCCUCUUAGUCUGCCCCUGUAAAGUUUCAAAGGUUAUUAUUUUGUGGUUAAUUAGGCAAAGUAAAAGGUAAAGAAUCUAACAUUAUUUCUGACAUUUAUCAACUUAGAUACAGGAUCACAUUGAAACUAACUGGAAUGAAACCUCAGAUGAAGCUAGAAUUAUUAUUCAACAAGAGGUGACCAAUAUUGUUUUGUUAGAACAGUUAAAUAUUUUCUUGAUUUUUUUUACCUUUAAGGCUUUAACUUAUUUUAUACCACUUUGUUCACACUGCUUUUGAUAAACUAUCACACAAGACAAGGGGUAUUAUUUGAAAUGUACACUAAGAAAUGAAAGAAAGUUAUGUUUCAACCACCUUUGAGGCAUCUGUCAAAUAUCAGAUAAAAACUUAAUUGUUUCUUGUUUUUAUUUGACAGAACUUCCUUUAUAGGCAAGCAAUGAUUAUAAAUCCUGCAGAGGUUAUUUCCUUAGAAAAUAAAAGCCAGUUUGGUGUACAUUGCACAGAAAGAAAAGAACUUCUGUAUGUAUCAAUAUCUGCCUUAUGCAUUCUUUCUUUACCUCAACAGUUCAAAUGUUGUGGCCUAAAGCCUUUGAACCUUGAACACAAAUCAAGUUCUGACAAGUCCUGUUUUGUUGAUAAUGACACAACAAAGGAAAGAUUAAAGGUAUGAUAGGAUCACUCCAGAAUAACAUUCAGAAUGAUGUUGCACGACUAUCCAUGGUAGGUGAUAAGGUUGACCCUUGGCUUGGUCAUAAGAUUCAUAUUAAUAUUAUUUUACUAAAGGCACGGUAAAACUAAGGGCAACAAAACCAUGCAAGUUGUUUUGCCACAUUUGAGAGAUUACUCCAAAUGGCAAAUGUCAAUUUGUACCACGUGACCAAGUUUUCCCCUUAGUUGUCGUUUGCUGUUUAAUUACUUCUACUCAAAAUAAGUAGUUUUAUGCCAGUUUUAUCCAUAAGAAUUGUUCUGCACAGUUUUUAUCUGCUUAUUUUCUAUUCUGAGAAAUUCUCAACUUGAAUCUGAUGUUUGCUGUUUGUCGUAAAUGUGACUCUUAAUCUCUCUAUUACUGCAAAACAAUUUGAAAGGGGAUGUUGCGCAUUUUACCACCUGUUUUGGGUUGUUGCAGGUUGAACCACUCUCUAAUAACCCUUUAAGUCCCAAUAGUGACCAACAUCAAUUUUCUCCCAAUGAUAUCCGUAGAUUGUCAAGAGAAUAGGUUAUCAGAAUUAAUAAAAUGAUCACCUAAAAGAAAAUGCUUUGAUCUUUUGUCAAAUUCUCUCAACUCAUUCUUUAAGGAAAUAUAUAGAGAUCAGUUUGGAGAAUUUGUAUGUGGACAUUGGGGCUUAAAGGGAUAAGUGCAAUAAGAAUAAAAAGCUCCAACACAAACUUUAUUGUUUAGUCUCUAUUAAAGUGACUUUUUGUACUUCCUGUGUUAUUUGCACUUCUAAUGUUUAUUUAUUUAUUUGUUAGGACUGUUAUACACACUUGAUGGACUGGAUUAAAGAGAAUCACAUCAUUUUAGCUACUUGUUCUGUUGCUGUGGCUGUUUUACAGGUAAAUGAGAUUAUAAAGGUUCCAAAAAAUGUGCUUACAACAAUAAAUUAUGAAACUUAAGAACUGAACAUGGAAUCACCCACCAUGACAAUGCAUAGUAAGUACCAGUAGCACCAAAGGAAGUACUGUCCACAACUUUUAAUUUAAAGCUAAAAAUUCACACUUUACAAGUUUACAUUACUACAAAUAGCAACCAUUUAUUUGCUUGUUAACUUAUACUUCAUUAACUCAGUGGUGAUAAUGAGUGUUAAUCUGAGGGUUAUUGCAAUCAGCUGAUCACUAAUCCAUCAAUUUGGUUAUUUUCAGAUGUUUAUUCUGGGAGGAACCUGCCGGCUUAUUGCAGAGAUUGAGUCUGGUGACAGAUCGGUAAAGCGCACCAGAGUGGUACCCUUAAAUAUUAAACAAGAUCAUCAAAAGCAAGAAGUUACAACACAGAAAAGCACUGGACAUAUACCAGUAAAUGCUGGUCCAAUAGCUCCCAAAGCUGGUGCAAGUAAGGAGCCACAGGAAGAUGCUGAUGAAUUUGAAGAAAGCAAAAAAUCAAGUAUAGCUGCGAGAAGGAACUGGGCUAAAGUGAAUCCUAAAUACAACUCAAUUCUCAGCCUUAUUGAACAAUAG